CAUAGAGAUACACUGUUCCAAAAUUGUGCAGAACAGUUUUUGUUUGUGGAAGUGAAGAAUGAAGAGCGAGUUAAGAGAGAGCCCAAACAAUGGGUCGUCAUCUUCCGAGCUUCAAUCUGUUAGCAACAACGACAUGGGUUCCAGAGGCCUCGACCCAGUUACCUGGGAACAAAUUGAGACUUCCGAGAGCUACCUUGUGUGCUCCAUGUACGAGGAGGCAGCCUCAUUAGCUUCGUCUAUUCUGAAACGUCUUUCGGAACAUGGUCAAGACUUUGAUGAACAUUUGGAUUUGUAUGACAUGUUGGAAUCCGCUGGUAUGGUGCUUGUGCAAUCUUCGAAACAACUCGGAAGGACACCGGAGAUUCUGAAUGAGCUCAAACUAUUAUUUGCCUCCAUUCCUGCUAUCCCUGUUCAAGUUCUUCUUACUGGGGUAUGCUUUUAUAUUUCAGAAGGGCAUUAUCUUGGUAUUCGGGAAUUGCUGGAAGUGUUCCUUAGUGGAUGGAAUCUUGUAGGUGGAAAAUAUUAUGUUCUUGUUGGUAAAGAAGACAGUGCAGAUUAUACACAAAGUUAUAAUGGCAAUUUUGUUUUGGGAGUUGAUAAGUAUCUAGAAGUAGUUGAGGUGUAUACUGUGAAUCUGCUGGGAACCAUAUUGAAUGAUGUCGAUCUUGCAACCUCUUGGGUAAGGAAUGCUAAAAUACCGGAGGACAGAAGACAGGUACUUUUAAGAAGAUUACACUCGCUGCAUUCAAUUAAAGCCACCAAUGCAUCACAACAGAACUACGAAGAUUUGUCACCUGAGGGACGCUCAAAAGCGAAAUACCCUCUAAACAGAGAUCCUGCUAAAAAACAAGCAGUAUUAAACUUGUCUAAAAGAUUAGAACCAUGCCUCUGGUGGUUCCGUACCAUUACCCUGAAGUUUGGGAAUACUCGAAUGGUAUUAUCUAAUGGAAAGAUUGCCCUGGGCUUCUUGAUUUUGCUCGUAUCUUAUGUUUUGCAGAGAAAACGAGCUACCUUGAAGAGGAUUGUUCAGAAACAAGCUAUGUCAAUGAAAAAUGCCCUAGUAGACUUGUGGCAGCUUGCAUUUUCAUACCAAGUGAAUCCUUUAGCUGCUGUUCAACCACUGGCUGCUGCAGCAAGGUCAGGCCAGUGAUAUACUAUGCCAGGGAUACUCAUAGUGCAGUGUCUAAGAAAUCCUCCUGCUUGUGCUCUUUUACCUGGUUUAUAGUUUCAGAUGUUCCAUUGAAUACCUUACCUCAGCUCAAACGUCCCUUUUGUAUGCCUUUUUUGUUGUUGGUUUUCUCACAUGGUAUGGGCUUAUCCGAUACCAUAGAUGAGAAGGGAUUCGCCAAAGCCAUGUACUGAAUACAGAUGAUUGAAUAAAUGAAAUCCUUAUUAAUACUAGAAACACACCACUUGAAAAUGGGU